AUGAGUAGAAUCUACAUUGACUUGGCUGCGACAAGCUUCGGGAGGUGCGCAAUCUGUACGAGUGCACAGAUCCAUACCGAGCCAGGAGAGACGCUCGGCCGGGUUCCUCCGUCUCCGUCCGCCUCCGCGUCCGCCUCACUCUCGCGCGUCAGUCUUCUACUGCCGCGCGUCAAUCAUUCGGCCUCUCAGGCAGCCUUGCUCUCAUCGUCCUUGGCUUCACUGCGAGCCUCUGCGACUCGCGCCUCUCUGGAGCCGGUCUCACGUCCAUUCCUCCCCUUGUCUUCGCUGCGCACCGGCGUCGGUGGCGCCGCUUUGUCUUCUUCUCUCGUGCUCCAGCAAUCCCUUCUCCUGUCCCAAGCACCCUUCUCCACUUCCCGUGUGCAGCCUCCUGCAAAUGAAUCCGCGGAUGCCUCGCGGGACGCUGCGCCUAGCAGGCCCCCGCUCGCCUCAGCCGCCCGGCAGGCCUCCGCCUUUGAAGCCUGCGACCGCGGAGACUGGGGCAGCGAGUCAGGCCGCGGGGCGAAAGAAAACCUCCGUCUGUGGCGAGGCGCGCAUGCGCUGACCUGCCAGCUCAGACAGGCACUGCUGCAGCGACGCGCCUCCGGAAGACGCGCGAGGCCUGUCGACGUCAGCGGCUGUUUGGUCGCUGAACACGAGCGGUCUCUGCAGGCUCCCCCCACUCUGCGGGAAGGCGCGAUGUCACCUCCGGAUGCUGCAGAGCCUGGCCGCGGUCAGCAGCUCUCCACAGUCCUCAACCCUCGAGACCCCUGCCCCCGCGGCGGGCUCCCCGCCCCUGCGGAGGGCAGUCCCUUGGGCGCCCCAGGGAGGCAGACGCCGCUCCUCGAGGAGAGGAGGAGGCGGCGGCUCGAGGCUGACGCGGCUGUCGCGCUGUUAGGGCGCUUAGCCGAGCAGAUGCACGUCAUGCCAAGCAGGGACAUUGUUUUUGUGCUUUCUCAUGCCCAUGAGCUCGUGGCGGAGACAGGGCAGCGCUGGCCGCUUCCAUGCCACCCCUCUCUUCUCGCCGUCUACGCUGCGACAGUGCAGGCGCUAUUGCCGCGGCUUUCGGCGUCGUCGUCGUUGGAGUGGAAGGACAUCCUCGUGCCCAUUGUCGACUUGCUGCUCGCGCAUCCUGACCUCCGGUCACCAGUUCUUUCGCACCCCCCAUAUACGCGUUCUCUGUCUUCUCCGCCACACGCCUGCCCUUCCGCAGCGUCCCUCGAGGCGCCGACGCCUCCGCCCGCAGCCGGCAGCCAGAUGUGCAGGCGGAAACAGGGACGGCUGGAAAGUCCCUCCAGCGAAACUGCGGGCGGCCCGCACAGCCAGCCCAGCCUCGCUCCUUCGCCUGGCGCGUCGCCGUCGCUGGCGGUCUUUGACUUUCUGUUGAGAGAUCUGUGUGUGCGGGUCGCCCGCUGCGCACCGUCGUUGCCUCCGCAUCUGCUGCUGUUUUUCUUCAAUGCGUUCGUGCGAAUUGGCGUCUUUUAUCCGCCGCUUAUCGUGGCGACAGCGAAGUCAGUCGAGCAGAGACUGGAGAGCCUGUCCGCGCAAGACGUCUCGAUGGCAGUUACCACCUUUGCGCUUGUGCAGAGGCAGCGCAGGGACACACAACGAGUCAAGCUGCAGGCGUCUGCAGAGACGGGCGACGCGUUUACCAACUCAAGACCGCACGGGAAAAGGCGUGAGCACGGAGUGGACGCGCAUGCAGCGGAUGCCAGCGCAGGCACGCCACCUCAUAGUUCGCCGGCUAGCCUCCCCUCCCCCUCCUCUUUUGGAGCGGCUACCUCUCGACACGAUAACACUUCAACCUUGCCCCUUGCCGUGCCUAGUCGGCGCUCGCCGCAUGCGCCUUCGGACACGUCCGCGGCAUCGCCUGGUCUGCCGCCUGCCUGCCUGCCUCACUCGCCCGUCGGCUCUCGGGCGUCGGCGCAUUUCCAUCCGUACCCCUCCGCGCCGGGGCGUGGAGGCGAAGACAGUGGUGGGCUCGCAGGCCGGCUUCCAGACGUCUCGGGCACUUUCGAAUCCCUGCUGCGCCACCUGGCGACGACGCCUGCUGUGCGGCAGCAGCUGCCUCUGUCCAGCGCGGUGCAGAUUCUGUCUGCCUGCGCGCGAUGCUCGCCGGCCGCAGAGCGACGGCGCGCGAACGGCGAUGCCUCUGAAGCGCAUACAGCAGCCCGAAGUCGAACGAACGCGUGUGAGCCGGCUACGCCUGGGACGAGAGUCUCUUCCGCGCCUACAACAGGCGCUGCGUCUGACGAGAGCGGGACGCAGGGAACCCCAUAUCGAAGCGGAAGUACUGUCUCGGAUGCGGCCGCCUCUCCGUUGCCGUCGCCCGGCGCUUUGCGUGCUGCUUCGGGGUGUCUCGCGACUCUGGGUCUGCGCAGUCCCUCGUCUGCAGCGGGGGAUGCUGACGUCCGCGCCGCCGUAUUCAGCAGUCUCUUCGCGGACGUGCUUGCACUCGCAGCUUUCGAGAGCUGGACGCCGCAGCUUGUCGCCAGCGCGAUGAACGCCUGCACAGCUUGCAAAAACCUGGCUGCCUUUCGCCGUCGAGAAGUCCUUGCGCUUCUCUUCCACCGUCUCCUUUUCACAGUACGAGUGAGACAGAGGGAGGAAGGGCUCACUGCCCAACCUGCAGACGCGCGUCUGCGCUCGGCCCAACCCCGCACAGCUCAUGCGCCGGGCUACGACUUCUCGCGAGGGCUGGAGUGCAGGAAAGACGCUCGCUGCUCGCAAGGAGCCUGGCGGCGCUUGGAUGACGCCUUCAGCGAUGAGAAAGUUGUUAUAAGCUUCUCCCUAGCCCUGCAUGCGCUAGGCAAGGAAAAUGUCCGGCUCCAGCCCGCCGUCUUGACAGAGGUUCUCCACACCAUGGCGUGGCUUCUCAAACGGUGUGGCGGAGCUCCUGUCGAGGCCGGAGCCCCCGUCCGUGAGGGCGAGAAUGGCGGCGAAGACAGGCGGACGAGUGGAGGACCGGCCCCUGAACAUGGCACAGGCGUUGUAGGAGGAGAGCGACGGAGUGUCAACGACAGGGAGAUCUCUACUGCGAUAAAACCUCACGCCAGCGCGGGUCUCUCUCGCGAGUGGGCUGUAAUGGCGUGGGGGCUUGCGAAGCUCGUCAGCUACGCGGAUUCGACUCCGGGCAAGUCGAGACGAGGCACGUGGUCGCGCGCGCCUUCGAGGGCUGUGAGCGGGGGCGCGGCGUGGAGCCGGAAGGAGGCAGGCAGAGGGAGUGUGGACUCGUGGAAGGAGGGAGCCGUCUGGCUCACGUCCUGCGAGGAAGUGUUUCGGCCCCUGUACCUUCUUGUCCCCUCUCUCCUGCUGCGGCAAGCGAAACCUGACCUCAUCGCCGUGUCGCAGCUUGCCGAUGCUAUCAGGCGCUCGCUGCUCUUUGACGUAGGAGCGAUAGAAAGGAGCGCCUCCGCCACGGCUGCGACGGGCACGCCGCCUGUUCUACCCGUACCGUUUGUGAGCGGCGAAGAAGUUGCUCAUUGCUUGAUGUCGAAUACUCCCUCCACUGAAACGGAUCUGCUUAGACGAGGCAGCGCUACUCCCGCGUUCGGCGGAGGCAACUUCGCUCCUCCGCCGGUACCCGCCGCCAGGGGCGACGAACGCGCCGAGUCCGAAGAGCGGUACUCAGAGGAAGCCAGGCGCUGCAACGAAGUGAGGCAAAGCAACGGGCACCCUAUGUCAACAGAACGCCCAUCGUUUCGCGAUCUGACCAGCGACACAGCCACGAGAAGGGAGCGCGGCAACACGACAGCGCCUGCGGGUGGCGAAAGUUGCGUGAGCGAUCGCGGCAGCGAUAGCGAGACUUUGGAGACUGUUGAAUGGGCGAAGGAGGAGCCUGUGGAGCCGUUCUCGUACUUGACGGCUCAGCGCUUGAUGACGCCAGACGAACUGACUCUCCUGCUGCGCUUCAUCGCAGGCUACUUGAUGCGGCACGCUGAGACUUGCAAGCCUCACCAACUUCUUCAAACCUCCUGGCUCUACAUACAGCUCGAUCUACUACCCUCUCUGCAGUGUGAAGCGAUCCCGAAGUCUUCACCACUUCCGCGCGGCGGCGCGGCCGCCUCGGGAUCGGCUGAGGGCUCUUCAUCGCCCAAUGCAACGAGCGAUGUGCGGCCUACGCCAACCUCCAUGCCGAUCCAGUCUCUGUCUCUCAGCGGAGAGAGAGAGAUGGCGACACUGGCGGGGGGUAAGAGUCUAACAAUAACGCCAGUCACAUUCAUGGGCUGCGUGUUGGACCGGCUUCGUGAGGAUGAAAGCUCUCUAGAUGAAGGAAACUCCUUCUUCCUGCAGCAAAUGCUGCGAGCGUACGUGCUCAAGUACCCAGCAGUCAUGAAGCGGCAUCCGAAACGCGUGCGAAAAUUCGUGAAGCGGCGUCUCGACGAAGCUGCGGACAAGGACGCCGAAUCCGCGUCCGACGCAGCUCAGGUUUUGUAA